CAAUGCCGAGUAAACAAAUAACGCUUCACAACAAAAGAAAUCAAAGAAUAUCAAGUCAGUCGCAUUAUCACUGCUCCAGAAACAGCACGUCGCAUUCUUAAGAAUUGACUGACAGUUGUCCUAAAACAUCAGGAAAGUGAAAGAAGAAGUUAUCAAGUAUUUGGAGUACCAACUCCAACAAGCGUGUUGAUACAUUAUUUACAUUGUUAGAAGUUUACUGACGUCAUCAACAAAACUCCCCCAACACAGACGUGAAAUAAACAGAACGGAGCGGAACAGAGAACAGUCAGCAACGAACAAUUUGAAAGAGAACAUAAUUUUAUAAGAUGGAAAAUAACUUCACAGUUGAUACGAACAGCACCGAAAUCGUCAAAACUCUAGAAGUUGUACUCGGAUUCGCACUUUGCAUUCUAUUUGUCACAUAUUGCUUUAUGCGAACUAUUUAUGAGCGAUAUCAGUCUACUCAUGAAUCACCACAUAAUUCGACACUGAGUACGAUAAGUGCAGUUUCCAGCACAGAAAUCACCAACAAUUCCACACGUGUACAACAACUACCACCCGUUCCAAUCUUAAUACUAAAGGUCAUUGUAUUCAUUUUGUGGUAUCUAAUUUUGAUGCAUCUAGAGUUAUUGAUAUUGCAUUCAGCCCGAAAUAAGUUUACUCAUGAAUCACCACAUAAUUCGACACUGAGUACGAUAAGUGCAGAUUCCAACACAGAAAUCACCAACAAUUCCACACGUGUACAAGAAUUCCUACCAUUUAUCGCACUCAUCUUGAGUAAUCUCAUUGUGAUUUCAGUAAUUGUGUUAUAUGACGUGUUAUUAAAAAUAUAUAUACAGCGAAAAGAGUUUACUCAUGAAUCACCACAUAAUUCGACACUGAGUACGAUAAGUGCAGAUUCCAACAGACGCGCAGAAGAAAAAGAAUGAAGAAGAAUUUGUAUUAUUCUAAUGGCAUUGCUAAAUAGUUUGAUUAAGAAAUUGCUUAUUUAACUUGAGGCUAAGAUGGGUCUGUGGUAGCUGAAAUAUGUUAUAAAAUUUGUGCACUUUAGAGUAUCAAACACCAUAUCUAUGCAAGAUUUUUAUCUAGUAGAACUACAACGAGGAUUUUACAUCAACAUUAAGCCAAACGUUUUCUGCAUUAAUGUGACAAAGCUUUGAUUUUCCUCCUUCUUUAAAUCAAUGUUAAAAUCUAUGGGCAUUGUGUUACGACCUCCUGUGGCCAUAAUUGAAAACAUCUCUGUAAUUUUUAGAGCAGUAUAACAGAUUUCUUAAUAAAUCUUAUAUAAGAUAAGUAA